AUGAUAGAGUGGGAGCCCCAAGCCCAGGGAGAAGGGGGCGCCAAACUGCCCUUUGACCGCGGAUUCGGGGUCCUCCACAUCUGCGGCGCGCCUCCUCGGCAUCCAACCCGGGGCCGAGAGGGCGCUUCAGGGAGACUCGGGCCGGCGCUCCCGGAGGCCGAGCUGCAGCGGGGGCGACUCUGGUUGGGGGCGGUCAUAGCCGCCAGCGCCCGCGCGUCGCGGAGCAAGAGAAGUGGAGAAGAGCGAGUGCUUGAGAAGGAAGAGGAGGAAGAUGAUGAUGAAGACGAAGAUGAUGAAGAUGAUGUGUCUGAAGGUUCCGAGGUGCCUGAGAGUGACUGUCCUGCAGGUGCUCAGCACCACCAGCUUAAUGGCGAGCGGGCCUCUCAGAGUGCCAAGGAGAGGGUUAAAGAGUGGACACCGUGCGGACCCCACCAGGGCCAGGAUGAAGGGCGGGGGCCAGCCCCCGGCAGUGGCACCCGCCAGGUGUUCUCCAUGGCAGCCAUGAAUAAGGAAGGGGGAUCAGCCUCUGCUGCCACUGGGCCAGACUCCCCAUCCCCUGUGCCUUUGCCCCCAGGAAAACCAGCCCUGCCUGGGGCAGAUGGGACCCCCUUUGGCUGUCCUUCUGGGCGCAAAGAGAAGCCCGCUGACCCUGUGGAGUGGACGGUGAUGGAUGUGGUAGAGUAUUUCACGGAGGCCGGCUUCCCGGAGCAGGCAACAGCUUUCCAGGAGCAGGAAAUCGAUGGCAAGUCUCUCCUGCUCAUGCAGCGGACAGAUGUGCUGACCGGCCUGUCCAUUCGUCUUGGCCCAGCCCUGAAAAUCUAUGAGCACCACAUCAAGGUGCUCCAACAAGGCCACUUUGAAGAUGAUGACCCUGAUGGCUUUCUAGGCUGAGCACCCAGCCUUCCCACUACCCUGACCCCUUCCUGCCCCAUCUAACCCAAGACCCCCAGAGUCUAAGAACUGGACUGGGGACACUCUCAACCCUUAUAACAGAUUUCAACGAGGGGGCACCCCUCCCUACUCAUCUCUUCCCUGUGUCUCCCCAACACAAUCUGACCCCCAGCACAUCCCAAACUCCAUGAUGGAGGAGUUGGGGGAGGGGGACAGGGCCUGCUCAUUUUACCCCAGGAGGCCAACCAUCCCCCAAGCCUAGGACAUUUUUAAAAAUAAAAAUGGGGCCUUCCCAUCUCCCUAGAUCUUCAGUUCAGCCAGGUAUUUCCUAUAUAAAUGUUUUGUUCUGCCUGUUCAUUUUGGUGGGUGGCCUUUCUUCCCUCCCCCACCAACCUGUCCCCUCCUUAGUCUGCCCCAGCCUCCAAACCCUGGGAGCAACUGAGUUGGGGUUCCUGGGUCUUCCCUACUCUUCCCCUUUCUUUCUAUUGGUUGUCGCUCUAGCUGGCUGUAUUGCUUUUUAAUAUUGCACCGGAUGUUUUUUAAAUAAAGUUAAAAAAAAAAAAAAA